CACACCCAGCUACACCACACACACUUCUGUUUACAACUUUAAUGAUAGAACUCAGCACUUCCAAGCUGAAGGGCAAUAUGAAGAGCUUUGACAAGUCACUGGAGAUAGAAACAGAGGAGGAAGAUAAUGUCCAGAAGCACGAAAAUAACUCAGAAGCAUCCCAUAACAUAACCCCACUUCUGCGGGACUCAUGGAAGCCGUACAAGGGAACCCGUGCAAAUGUUAAAGAGCAGCUGUUAAAGCUGAGAGAUUGUUUGGAAAGCGUCUGUCGGAUUCAGUGGUAUGGAUUCGCCAUUUUGGGCAUUUUGACAGCUGUCCUAAGUUUCCUCAUGGACUUCAGCGUAGCAAAGCUGCUACGAGCUCAUCUGUGGCUUUAUGCGAAGCUGGAAGGCCACGUUCUGCUGCAGUUCCUCUGCUGGACACUAUACCCAGCAUGCAUCUCUGCUUUUGCCUCAACUUUCUCCCAUAACAUCUGUCCCUUCUCCACAGGCUCCGGUAUACCAGAAGUGAGAACCAUGCUGUCCGGCAUUGAACUGCCUCAUUACUUGUCUCUCACUCAUAUGUUCACUAAGUUUCUGGGUCUUAUCUGCACACUGGCUGCAGGCAGCACUGUUUUCCUUGGCAAAGUUGGUCCAUUUGUGCAUCUUUCCACCAUGUUAGGGGCCUAUUUGGACAGGCUUUGCAGACUCAUGGAAGGCAAAAAGAAGGAGGCAGGAACAGAGAUGAUGGUUGUAGCUGCUGCGGUUGGAGUAGCAAGCUGCUUCGGAGCGCCCAUCAGUGGUGUACUGUUCAGCGUGGAGGUGAUGAGCUCUCACUUUGCCGUGAGGCAUUACUGCCCAUGUUUCUUCUCAGCUGCCUGCGGGGCUCUGACCUUCCACCUGCUGUCGAUGUGGAGCAGUGAUGGAGAGACUCUUCAGGCGUUGUUCAGAACCAAUUUCCCCACCGCUUCACCUUUCUUCCCACUGGAGACGCUGCUGUUUGCUUUGCUGGGGCUGCUGUGCGGGGCUGUGAGCUGCUGUUACCUCUUCUGCCACCGCCGGAUCCUGAAGUUCACCAAAACGAAUCGGGUCUUCUCUACGAUGCUGACAACAGAGAAAGGUCUGUACUCUGGUCUUGUUGUUUUCUUUCUGGCAUCGCUGACGUUUCCCUACUCUGCAGGUCAAUACCUGGCCUCUAAGUGCACCACAAAGCAGCUCCUCACUUCCCUCCUGGACAGCAGACAAUGGAGCUCUCAGUCCCACAAUGCAUCUGUGCGACUGGAGCUGGGAACGCUGGAUUGGGGCUCGUCAGGCGCCCCCAUUUUCCUGCCCUUGGCUUUCUUUCUGCUCAUGAAGAUGUGGAUGUUGGUCCUGGCCUGCACGCUGCCUCUGCCAGCGGGAUACUUCAUGCCUGUGUUUGUCUAUGGUGCAACUUUGGGUCGUCUGUUUGGUGAGGGAGUCGCCUACAUUACCACUGGUAGAGAUAUUUUAGGACAACGGUGGACAUCUGUAAAUCCUGGAGGCUAUGCUCUUGCAGGUGCAGCUGCCUACUCUGGUGCUGUCACCCACACGCUGUCCCCGGCUCUACUGGCCAUGGAGUUAACAGGGCAGUUCACCCACGCUGUCCCUGCCCUCCUGUCCACUCUGCUGGCCAACGCCCUGGCACGCUCUAGGAACCUCCCGUCUUUCUACGAUGGGCUUUCUAUCAGUAAGAAGCUCCCGCACCUGCCCUCGUUGAAGAAGGCGCGUCCACAGCUUCCGUCCACACCCCUGGGGCAGGUUAUGGGGGUGAACUCAGUGCAGCUUCAGAAAGCGGCUGGGCCAGCAGAGGUUCAGUCUGCUGUCAGCAACAGCAGUGAAGCACGAAUCCCUGUGGUGGACACACACGAGUCGCAGGUUUUUCUGGGCUCCGUUCUGCGGUCGGAGCUGCUGCUGUUCCUGCAUCGCUGUCAGACUCAGCGCAUUGAGGGACGACUGGACGAGGUUUGCAGCAUACAUCCAAACUCAGUCGUGUUGUCGCCUCACAACACAGUGCAGGAGGCCUACAACAUGCUGAGCGUUGCUCCAGCUCAGACCAUAUUUGUGGCUGAGAGAGGAAAGCUGGUGGGACAGAUCACAUGGUCAGAGAUGAAACUAAUUUUGGAGGGCUUGGCCAAGGAAAUCUAAGCAGCGAUCAGCACUUCCUGUCAUAAAAUGUAACCCCACAUGAAUAGCAUCUCUCUCCGAUUAGCAUGCGGCAAAGCCCACAUCCGAUAAGGCUAUCACUUCUUCAUUCCCCAAGUGUAACGAUGUUUGCACGUCAACAAAACUGUAAUUAACUGUCGACUCCGACGGUAAAUAUUCAUUAAAGCUUUUUUUUUUUUUUUGCCUUUAGUUAUAAUCAGUGGUGAUGGGUCCAGAAACGAGAGAGCGCACAACAUCGUUCAGCGAUCUGUGCUGUUUGACAUGGUAAUGAGAUAAAUACGUUUGCACACGGUGAUAAUGUUCAGCAGAUGUGAACACUAAGGCUAUUUCAGUAGCUUAUUCACCAGUUGCCACAAUGAACUCUGUGCUGUUUUCUUCUUCUUCUGAUAACCAAGUCUCACUCAGUGUUUGGUGUUGUGCUACACAUUUGUGUGAUGGAACAGCGCAUAACAGAGCAUUUUUUAAAUAAAGUAUAUUAUAUAUAUUCUUUCUCACAAUUAUGUGCUAUUUGCGUUGGUAUCUUGCAUAAAAUCCCAAUGAAAUACACUGAAGGACUUGGCUGUGACAUGACAGAGCGUUGUGAAUGACAGAGGUGUGCUCUGCUGUGGACUCUUCCUCUCUGCCUAUUUGGCUGAACGUGGCUGUGAGGGCGCAGAGACCUCAUAUUAUUUUAGAGAUGUUUCAGUCUGUGAGGUAACAUCCUACUUGCCUUCGCGAUAAGAUGAGCUUUUCCAACUCUGAACCGAUCCAGCGACAUUCGCGCAGUCUGUAGAUGAGUCUGUGGAAAAUGUUGAAAAUCCUCAAGAUGCCUGGAAAAGUUGUUGAUCAAAAGUAGAUUUCAGGAAAAUUUCUCAUCUGAAUUUUUAUAAAAAAAAUGCUAAAGAUGGUUUAAAACUUUUUCACAAUGUUUGCCCAAAAUAUUUUUCAUGCACAUAUUUCCUUUGCCUCUCAGUGUCAUGUCUGCUACCUAAAUAACCCCACAUGUUAUGAUGCAGAGGGGAAAUAGACCAUGAUUACUUCUGUACUUUGCUGAAGGGCUGUGGUGAGUCACUGGAAACCAUUUGUUCAAGUGCAUCGACCGUCUGAUCUCAAACAACAGGGGGGAAGCAGCCAUGAUGCGCAGCACAGCGUCAUUUUGUAAAGACGUCCCUCGAAAGAUUACGAUGACAGGUCGCACCAACCGCUCCUUUCAGCGUCCCCCUCUCGUUUUCUUUCUCUCUGUCUCUCUGUAACACGCAGGGUUGCUGACGUACAUACAGAAACAACAAACCAAUGACGCGUGAGCGGCUCCUUUCCUCCCUCGCUGUAUUUCCUAAACCUUGCCGUUUCUCCUCGCUGCACCUGGGGGCUUUCAGAAGGAAAAGUGUGAAUUAUAGCUAAUCAUGUUUCUGACUCAGACAGAUAAUUGGAUGGAGGACUUUUUUUCCAGUUGAGAAAUCUUAGAGGACAGAUUUUUCUUUUUUUCUGUUAUUCUCACUUAGUCAAGGUCAGCUCUUUAGUCCUUCACAGUGAGGACUGAACUCAUUGUUCUCCCUCCCCUGCUAUAUUAUCUUUUUACUUUCAUGAACAUUGAAAAUAAUCCUACGUAAAGUUCAUCUGUUUCUCGUGCAUCUCUUCUCUGCCUUUUGUAAGCCGCAGCAGCUCUGAUUCUGCUAGCGGUUUCUUCCUGUUAAAGGGGAAUUUUCCUCUCCAUUGUUGAUACAUGAAUGCUCAGCGUGAGGGAUUGCUGAAAAGUCAAUGACUCGAUGCAAUUUGUUGGAUUUUCUGAGAUACUGUAAUUUUUGAUAACUGGGAUCGGAAUCUGUGUGUGAUUAAAGUGAUUUUUAAAAUGUU